CAGGAGGAGGAGAGGGCUGGACAUGGGGGAGCCACCGCACAGGCCCGUACGAUCGAGAUAAAACAAUAAUACACAAAGACACGGAGCUGGAGAGGCCUUAGGAGGACGGGGAAACAACCGAGGAAGUAAAGGAAAAGGGGGGAAUACGGCUACUGACCCAUCCCGGAGCAUCAGGGAGGAGAGGAAGGAGGAGAGGAAGGAGGAGAGGAAGGAGACAUCAUUCCGCUCGACCCGAUGGACUGAGAGGACAGAUGAAUGAAGACUGCCUACACUAACGCCUAUCGAUGCCUGGCCAAGGACCUGGACGCGUAUGCCAUGAACACGGACAUGACGAUGGACGGGCUCGGCAGCCUGCAUGGCGGGGUGUCCGUGGGCUCCAUGGUCCCUGACGUGGAGCUGAUGAGCGGCCACAGCCCGCACCACGGCCGCGGGAGCUCGUCGGGGGCCACGGGGCGGCGGCGGCAGCCCUGCGGACACCAGGACCUGGCCGCCGCCGCCGCCGCCGCGUCGUCCCGCUCCGCCAUGGUGUCCGGCAUGGCCACCAUACUGGACGGCAGCGGGGAGUACCGGCCGGAGCUGUCGCUGCCGCUGCACCACGCCAUGAGCGUGCCCUGCGACACGUCCUCUCCCGGGAUGGGGAUGAGCGGCACCUACACCACGCUGACCCCGCUGCAGCCGCUGCCCCCCAUCUCCACCGUGUCGGACAAGUUCCACCACCACCACCACCACCACCACCACCAGCGGCUCUCCGGGAACGUGAGCGGGAGCUUCACCCUGAUGCGGGACGAGCGGGGGCUGCCGGGCAUGAACAACCUGUACAGCCCCUACCACAAGGACCACAUGUCCGGGAUGGGUCAGAGCCUCUCCCCGGUGCUGGGCAACGGCCUGGGCUCCAUACACAACACCCAGCAGGGUCUCCACAAUUACGGCACGGCGACGCACGGGGGCCACGACAAGAUGCUGAACUUCGACGCGCACCACACCGCCUCCAUGCUGGCCAGAGGAGACCACCACCAGCACCGGGGCCUCGGUGGCCCGGCGGCCGGGAUGAUGCAGCACCUGAACGGGAUGCACCACCCGGGGCACCCGGCCUCUCCAUCCCACGGGCCCGUGUUGGCUUCCACCAGGGACAGACCGCCCUCCUCCUCGGGGACGCAGGGGGUGAACAGCUCGGGGCAGCUGGAGGAAAUCAACACCAAGGAGGUAGCGCAGCGGAUCACGGCGGAGCUGAAGAGGUACAGCAUCCCCCAGGCCAUCUUCGCCCAGAGGGUGCUGUGUCGCUCGCAGGGGACCCUGUCGGACCUCCUGAGGAACCCCAAACCCUGGAGUAAACUUAAGUCAGGCCGGGAGACCUUCAGGAGGAUGUGGAAGUGGCUGCAGGAGCCCGAGUUCCAGAGGAUGUCGGCCCUCAGACUGGCAGCGUGCAAACGAAAGGAGCAGGACACGGCGAAGGACCGCAACAACACGCCGAAGAAAUCGCGGCUGGUCUUCACCGACCUGCAGCGGCGCACCCUGCUGGCCAUCUUCAAGGAGAACAAGCGACCGUCCAAGGAGAUGCAGCUCACCAUCUCGCAGCAGCUGGGCCUUGAACUCACCACCGUCAGCAACUUCUUCAUGAACGCCCGCCGCCGGAGCCUGGACAAAUGGACAGACGACGGAGGCAGCCCCGGCGCCCAGUCCUCGGCGUCCAGCACUUGUACCAAAGCGUGA